GCCAAUGUAUGCGAUCACCACGGACUGCAGCCUCAGAGCUCAGAGCCAUGGCAGGAAAAUACACCAACAUGCUGCUAAUGAUCCACUUUGGUAGUCUCGCCGUCCUGAGUGGGAGGGCGAAUUGCAAGGAUGUGGAGUGUAAGUGUGGAAAUAACUCAAAGUGUUACAACACAUAUCAGGGUUACUUCUGCAUUUGUGAGGAUGGCUUCACCUCCGGCACGGGCGAGGUCCAAUUCACUCAGAAGACUGACUGCGUAGUCAUUUCAACCUCAACGACAUCAGACUGCUCCUCUGUCUCCCCAAGCCACCAGAAUCCGGCUCCUAAUGGGUGUGAGCCAUUGCCCAAGGCAGAUCAGUCCCCCGGCAGUGUGUUUUGUUCUGCAAUGAAUAAAACCAGUCUGAAGAUGGAUGGGCUCUGUCAUCAGUCAGCCAGAGAAGUAACCAUGCAGGAUAUCAUGUCAUUCGCAAGUCAGCUGCUGGCGGACUCUGCUGCGUGGAACAGGCUGGAGCAGGAGGAGAGACUGCGGGUGGCAUCCACCUUGCUCCAGACGAUGGAGAGGACAGCGGUGACAUUAGCCCUCAGCUUAGCCAGCCCGGGGUUCAUACACUUUCCAGACGCCCAGCUUGAUCUGCAAGUGGGGGUUAUUGAUACGGAAAGACCCCCCAGCCAACAGCGAGCCAGACUCUCCACCCAAGGGAGCAGCAUGGAUAUAAACUGGGCAACCAUCGCAGGAGGAGAGACGACUGGUUUAGCAGCCGUCAUCUUCAUCUCGUACAGCAAUAUGGACAGGUUCCUGAAGGGGGCUCCUUACAGAGCCCACACCGGUCCCCCAACCCCUAUCAGAACCCACUUGAAUUCCGCGGUAAUUUCGGCCGCUCUGAGCAACCGCCAGAGCGACCCACUGCCUGAGGCUGUCAACUUCACCCUGAAACACAAGCAGGAGCCUGAAGCGGGAGAGAGAUUAGUCUGUGUUUACUGGAACCAUUCAGCGAAUGGGAGUCACUGGUCACCCCGAGGCUGUGAGUUGACACAUUGCAAUCAAACCCACACCAGCUGUAAAUGCCAGCACCUGUCCAGCUUUUCUUUGUUGAUGGCCUUCAACCGGGAGUUGCAGGAUUCUUCAUCAGACAAGGCUCAGCGCGUUAUUACCUACGUGGGGAUCACCGUUUCCCUCGUGUGCUUGGGCACCACCAUCAUUACUUUCCUUGUCUCCUCCAAGGUGAAGAAUGUGAUAACAGCCACCCACACCCAGCUGUGUGUCAGCCUGUUCCUGGCAGAGCUGCUCUUUCUCACAGGGAUCAACAGCACCAGCAACAGGGUGCUGUGUGGGAUCAUCGCUGGUUGUCUCCAUUACCUGUUCCUGGCGGCAUUCGCUUGGAUGUCUUUGGAAUCAGUGCAGCUUUACCUGAUGGUCCGAAACCUGAAGAAGAUGAGGUUGGCUGGUACUCACCGCCCCGGAGGGCUGCUGUACACACUGGGGUAUGUGCCACCCGCAGUCCUGGUGGUUAUAUGUGCCGCAGUAUACCCCCAUUGCUAUGGAUCAGACAGGAACUGCUGGUUACAGGUAGAGAAGGGCUUUGUGUGGACGUUCCUUGGGCCAACCUAUUUGAUGAUUCUGGUCAACACAGGUCUGUUCAUGGCCACACUUGUCACCUUGAAAGACGAGCUUUCCCAUCGUGAUGUUGAAGUCUCAAAGAUCAAAGACACGAGGAUGCUGGCGUUUAAAGCCGUGGGGCAGGUGUUUGUCCUGGGCUGUACCUGGAUCCUGGGAGCGUUUCACUUCCAGAAGGAAACGGUGGUCAUGGCUUAUUUAUUCACCAUCGUCAACAGCUUCCAGGGCGUCUUUAUCUUCAUCCUCCUGUGUCUGCUAAAUCGCAAGGUGAGGGCUGAAUAUCGUGGGUGGUUCACUGCCGUGCGGAAGAUGAGGAGGAUUGCGUUCAAGUCAGAACUUGCCGGCAUCCCCUUGACACUCACUUCGGAUGAACCCUGAUUGGAUGAGGAGCUGGAGGUGCAGUGACUACACACAAUGAUCUACUGUCAGACCGUGUGAGGGGACCACAUUGUAGAUAAGCUCCGUCACCCUCUACAGCAUCUGGCCUGACUGGCCUCGACCAUCCAGGGAAUCAAGCCUGGACUAUCCUGCUCAGCGUAUGUCACCCCCACCCCACCCCACACCCCACCCCACACACUUGCACAUUAACCCAGCACUUGUCACGUGAGAACAAACACGAAGGGGAGUGGAAAUCUGGAGCUCUCUCCCUCUCUCAAAGGGAUUCAAAUUCUGGACUCAAAUUUUGAAGACUGAGGUGGACAGAUGUUCUGUUUGGAUCAGUGUAUCGAGGCAUAUGGGGCAAAGGGGGUUGGAGUUGGGGUACAGAUCAGCCACGGUCUAAUAGUACGGCAGAAUAGGCUCAAGGGGCUGAAUGGCCCACUCCUGUUCCCAUGUUCCUCAACGCCGAAUGAAGCGCUUAUGCAUAAUGUAAUUGAUUAGAAAUGUGGUUAUCGUUGUUAUAGAGGCAGAAUUUUGCAGCUGAUAUAAUGCGCAAUACAUUUUAUACUUACACAACGCCUUUCGUGU